AUGCCGAUUCUCUAUCCGGCACUUUUAGACAGCAUACAGCUCACAAGGAGAGCAGGCGUUUUCCAAGGCGGGAAGCCUAACGAGGUCAGCUCAUCCGAUCCACUAUCCUUAUUCGUUAUUCAAGCAUCUUUCAUUAUCAUUUUCACAAGGGCUAUCGGUUACCUACUGGCCAAAAUGAGACAGCCGAGAGUUAUCGCUGAACUCAUCGGCGGUAUCAUUCUCGGACCCAGUAUAUUCGGCCAGAUACCCAACUACAUGGAUGAUAUCUUUCCAGAAGACUCCUUACCUUAUCUGAAUCUCAUUGGUACACUCGGCAUUAUUCUCUUCUUAUUUAUUAUUGGCAUGGAGAUUGAUUUCACUGUUUUGAGAAAACGCGUCAAAUCUGGCUUGGCUGUAGCUUCAACUACCCUUGCAAUCCCGUUAGGCGCUGGUAUAGCUUUGGGCGUUGGUUUAUGGAAGCAAUUUAGCCACAAUCAAGACGUUUACUUUUCUCAUUACAUUCUUUUCAUCGGUAUAGCUAUUUCUAUUACAGCUUUCCCCGUUCUUUGUCGUAUACAGGUGGAGCACAAGCUCACACACACACCUGUAGGUGCUGUCACCAUGUCAGCCGGUGUCAUCAACGACGUCGUAGGAUGGAUCCUACUCUCCAUCAUUGUCGCACUAAUUAACGCAGAUGGUAGCAUCAUCACUUUGUGGAUUCUAUUAGUAAUCCUCGGUUGGACACUACUCAUGGUUUUCGCAAUCAGACCUCUUUUCUACGCCUUUGCAAGACGUAAUGGCAGUUUAGACGGUAGUGGUCCAAGUGAAUUUGUUAUCAUGUUGUCGCUCUUACUCGUCUUCAUAUCUUCAUUCCUCACUGACAUUGUCGGUGUGCAUCCAAUCUUUGGUGCUUUCUUAGUCGGUUUGAUUAUGCCCAAAGAAGGUAGAUUCAAUGUUAUCAUUACUGAGAAGAUUGAAGAUGUCGUUAUGAUCAUUUUCGUACCAAUAUUCUUCGGUUUGGUCGGUAUACAAACUGAUCUCUCUUUACUCAACUCUGGAACUAUCUGGGGAUAUACAAUAUUGGUUAUAGCUGUAGCCUUCUUCUCAAAGUUCCUCUCUGGCGCUGUCACAGCUAAGCUCUGUAGAUUUAAUGUCAGAGAAAGCGGUGCGAUUGGUACACUCAUGUCUUGCAAGGGACUGGUAGAGAUCAUCGUCCUGAAUGUUGGACUUCAAACUUCGAUCUUAGAUAGGAGAGUGUUUUCAAUGAUGAUUUUUAUGGCAGUUAUCACAACGUUCAUCACAACCCCAAUGGCACGCAUCAUGUACCCAUCUAAACACCGUCCAAUGAAGAUGGAUGAAGAUGGCGAAGAGGAUGAAAAACCGAGGCCAUCGACAGAAAAAGGUCAAUUGGAUAGAUACCUAAUGGUAAUGCAAAAAAUGGAACAUGUAUCGACUCUACUCCACUUCACCAAACUCCUCGAAUCGGAUAAACAGCAGCAUCAUAUAGAUGCACUGAGAUUAGUUGAACUCACAGAGAGAACUUCUGAUGCACUUCGAUCUGAAACUCAAGAGAUGAAAUCAGAUCCAUUGUUGGGAAUAUUUACGACGUUCGCACAUCUGCGCAAUAUGAUCUGCCACCCACUGUUGAGUCUGACGCUGCAGGAUAACUUUGCAGAAACUGUAGCUGAACAGGCAAAUGAGAGUGAUCUCGUCGUUUUGCCAUGGAAGAGUCACAGAGAGGCUAUUGAGAAGGAGCAGCAAGCAGGACAUCAGAAUCCAUUCGACACGUUAUUCAACCUUCAAAGUGCUUCACAAAGAUAUAUACAAUUCGUAAGGAAAGUACAGUCGCAAUCGAUGGCAUCUACAGCGAUUUACCUCGAUCAAGGUAGUGUGGAUGACGGGGACAGUUGGAAUGGAAUGACGAUAUUCAUGCCAUUUUUCGGUGGAUCAGAUGAUAGAACGGCAUUAAAAUUGGUCCAGCAACUGUGUAAUAGACAGGAUGUUAAUGCAAUAGUUGUUCGGAUCAAGAAGGAGUUGGAAACCAAGGCAUCUAAUGAUACGACGACGGGACAAUUAACCGAGUAUUCACCACACGCUCUCCCAGAUACAAUUUAUGCGGCACAGAAUACGCAGCAAAUGUUAGAAUCUGAAACAGCUGAUGAUCUUUGUUGGAUGGAGUGUAUUAGAGUAGCUGGUGGACUUGGAAUGGAAAUGAGGGAGAGUAUGUCUUCUAAGCCACUCUAUGAGGCUACAGGAGUAGCAAAGCAAGUUAAGGAAGGGUGUAGUGGACAAAUGUUAGUAGUUUGCGGAAGAAGUCGGAAUAAAGAGAACCAUAGGCAGGAAUUGGCAACGAUAUUGGAAUCUGAAGGGAUACAGAAUCAGCCAUCAGCACUCGCGGCUAACAGGUUUAAUCAUUUAUUCCAAGUUAGUGCACCGCCCUCACCAUCGACGCAUCAGCAAAUUGGACAAGAGGAACGCAAGACGCUAGGGGAACUGGCGACAGCAUUGAUAAUAAAGUUAGUAGACGUUUCAGCAAUAAUUGUACAAUCAUCUAAAUCUGUUUAA